AAUGUAAAUAUUAUUAAUUUAUUAUUUAACGCUGUUGUAUUUAGUGGUUAACCAGUCAUAAAUAUCACGCAAACGCACCAAUUUCUAACUGCAGUACCAAUCGUACAAAUAUCUUAAAAUCACUUAAAACCGAAACCACCCGUAUCCGCAAAUUUCUGCAAUCGCAACCGCAACCGCAAUCAUUGCGGUUACACCAGUCAGGCCCUGAAUUAGGACCAGACUGAAAAUAAUGGUUACAGAGAAUUACUUUCUUGAAGCCAGCAUAUACGAUUUUUGUAAUGAUUUGGUUAAAUCUUUUUUUUUCUUGAACCCUUAGUUAACUCUAGGCAUGGACAUUCGGAUACCGAAUCAGAUUCGGAUUUCAGAUAUUUUGGAUAUAGGAAAAUUGGUAUCAUUUGGGUAUUAUAAAUAUUAGAUCGGGUUUGGUUUGGUGUUUGUCGGAUCCGGAUAUUAUCGGGUAUAUUAUCAAGGGCAAAACGGUAAGAAGCAGAAUCAUGUCUAUACCAACAUUAAAUUUUUGAGGACAUUAAUUCUUAUAUUCCGGUUAAUAUAGUACAAUGAUGUAAUAGAAAAGUGGAAGGGUGAUUCUUUAUUCCUUAGUUCUUUAAACACUUGAAAUAAACAGUUUAUUAUAAAUUUUACAUUCAUUUGAAAACAUAUUGAAAUUAGUGAGUGUUAUGAUAUUAACGAGAAUAUACCUCGUUGCUGAUUAAUGGGUAACUACUAACUACGGAUCAAUAGCCUGCAAUAUUGUUGUAUAUAUAAGUUGUUUAAUCGGGAAACGUAAUGGAGUGAGAAAAAUUGCGUUUCGUGCAUGCAUUUUCAUAAAAUACAAAUACAUAAUGAAUCAGUACGUAGAUUCAUGCAUGAAAACAAUAUUUACAUAAACAACGAUAUAUUCACAAUUUCUUUUCUUUUUUUAUUGGUUCAAGAGAUAUGGACUCUAAAUGAUACAAAAGGCGAAACCAAUACUCAGUAAAAUAUAAUGUUUGACAGGCUAAUAAUAAUUUACGCUGUCAAGCGUUUGAUCCUAUCACAAUAUCACGUACAAUGUUUUUAAACUUGAAAUGAUAAGACCCCAUUAAUUUGAGAGUCAAUUCAACAACCAUACAUAUAUUAAGUAUUAUAUGUCUAAAUAAAAAUUUCUUAAUAUUUUAAUAUUUCCUUCCUUUUUAUUCAUUGACUUUCAUAUAUCCAUAUAAUAUUCCUGUUAAUUUUUUCUUUUUGACUCUUCUUAGUUCUUACUAUUUAAAUGAGAUGUGAUACCUUCCAACAACAUAUAACAAAAACAAUUGAAAACAAGAGGCGAGGGGAUACUAAUGGAGAGGGUAAAUUUACUAGUUACAUGUUCUUUCUUUUCAUUAUCUAACUUUUUUGACGAGGAAUCGAAGAUCAUUUGAUAAGUCCAUCUAAAUAAGAUUUUAUGUUAAUUUUUUUUUCUGAUAGAUUUCAUGUUGUUCGUCUCAUGAUUCACUAAAUUUCUGAGAAGCCAGCACCAAAAGAAUGUUGUGGAUUUUACUUGGUCUUUGUGUUAAUGCUUUUUCGCGGUUUUGUUCAGGAAAGUCAUGAAGGUGAGAAUUUGCCUCCGGAACUGAAUCAAAUCAAGGAACAAAUUGAAAGAGAAAGGUUUCUGCACAUUCAGAAAUCAUUUGCGGAUAGACCAAAUGUGGUUACUCAUGUUGCAUAUCAUCAUUCUCUUGCCUCAACCCGGGGUGCUGGAGUAAAUAAUGAUGGAGGGGACAACAAUAUGCUUUCUUUGAGAAUAAAAAAACCUCUUCAUGUUUUCAAAUAUAAUCCUCCGGAAGAAUUUACAUCUCCAAUUCCCAAGAAACAAGUUAUCAAGCUUCCAAUUGUUAAACAGCUACCUCGAGCCAUUACCUGGGUCUUCACGGAUAGUAAUAAGCUAAUGGCUGAAAGUGAUUCUGUGAUCGGUAAGAAACAAAUAAUUUAUGUCAAUGGCCAGGCAGAGGAAUUGAGCAGCGACGACGAAGAAGAUGAAGAAGAAACCGAGAAAGAAAAACUGGAAUUCUCCAAAGAUGCAGAUUGGUUUAUAUGGGAGGUUGGGCAAAAACAUAAUUUAGAUGACCUGGUGGUGCAAAGUGCUCUCUCCAAGUUCUUUGAAUUAGAUGUUUCAGAUAUCUUGGAGAGAUACAAUGAUCUCAAGAAGCUUAAGAUCAAUGAAGGAGAUACUGGUGAAGUUUCUGAUGUACGCAUAUUUACUUCUUCUCCGGAGACUACUGAAAGGCGUUUUUGCCGUCGUUGCUUGAGAUUCGAUUGUCGUGUGCAUGAAGAAUAUCAGCCUGAGAUUUAUACUAAAGAAAACCAAUCUAAUUUGUUUGAGAAGGAGGAUGUUAGAAAACAGUGCAGUAACCAUUGCUACCUUAAGCUAAAGGGUGUCACAGAAGCUGAUCAUAUGGUGGAUAAUGAUAACUAUGUAUCAAACAAGAAAGGGAAGAAUGUGGUCUCAGAGAUGUCUCAAGCAUACAAUGAGUGGACGUCUGUAGAGAUGGAUCUUUACCUCAAAGGAGCUAAACUCUUUGGUAGAAACAGUUGUCUUAUUACAAGAAACGUACUUCCCGGACUUAAGACGUGUUUAGAGGUUUACAAUUACAUGCAUGAGCAAGAUCAAUGUAAAAUGUUACUAGAACAUGAAGAAACUUCAGAAACAGACAAUCAGGUUAAUAAAGAGACAUCGCGAAAAAAACCUAGGUUGGUCCGGAAAAAAGUCAAACAUCAAAAGCAUAUUUGUUAUCCGGCUGCUAUAAAAAAUACAAUGAACGAAAUAGAGAAGUCAUAUAAGCAGUACACACCAUGCACUUGCGAGCCGGUAUGUGGAGAUCAAUGCCCUUGUUUCCGUAAUGGAAAUUGCUGUGAGAUAUAUUGCGGGUGUCCAAAGACAUGCAACAAUCGCUUUGGAGGAUGUAACUGUACAAAGGGUCAAUGUAUAAACCGAAAAUGUCCUUGCUUUUCCAAUUUUCGCGAAUGCAAUCCAGAUCAAUGUCGGAGUUGUUCGCUUAGUUGUGGAGAUGGCCAUGGCUCUCUUGGUGAGACAUCCAAGACAAGCGAAUGCAAGAACAUGCAAUUCCUCCUUAAGAAACAUAAAAAGAUUCUCCUUGGAAUGUCUAAUGUUCAUGGAUGGGGUGCAUUUACACGGCACUCUCUUAAACAAAAUGAGUUUCUCGGAGAAUAUACUGGAGAAUUGGUCUCCGUCGAUGAAGCAGAGGAACGUGAGAGAGCAGAUCACAAGCUUGGUUAUUCCUACCUCUUUAACUUGAAUGAUAAGUUCGUCAUUGAUUCUCGCCGUCAAGGAAACAAGUUUAGAUUUCUCAAUCACUCAUCAAAUCCUAACUGCUGCGCCAAGUUGAUGAUUGUUAAAGGAGAUCAGAGGAUUGGAUUAUUUGCUGGUAAAGCUAUCAGAGAAGGUGAGGAGCUGUUCUUCGAAUAUAAACCAGGAGAAGCGGAUAGGUCUCCUAGCAUAUCUAGCGACAGUGGUAGCUCGAAGUCAGAGAACAGCAGUUCAUCUACUUAGACUUGAAUCUGAGGAAGAUCGACACAAAGCAGUCGCUUUUGGAUUCUAAUGCUAUUUUGCGUAACUAAACCAAAUUUUGAAGUAUUAUGUUUUAUUGUUUUAAGGUUUUGUCUGUCUCAUGUCUUUAACUCUUGAAGUUUCCUUUCGACUAUUUUUUCUCAACAUUAUAGCCAAAUGUUGAUGUUGCUCGUCCUCCUCCAAACUACCAUCUUCUUAAUCAGAUCCCUAUUAAAAUUUCGAAGUGCGUACGUACCAACCAUUGUCAGACGACUCAGACCAAAACGAAUUGAUGAAUAACCCACUAACAAUCCGAAUUAUAAAAGAUAAACCUAUGAUUAAACUAAACUUUUUGUCACGUGCAGUUCCAUUAAGAUCUUUAAGUAAACAGUACAAAAUAAGCGAUUGAAAUUCACGAGUGAAAACACUGAUGAGAGUCUCCAGCUAGAUCUUUAUGGUCGUAUAAUUACACUGCGUGAGUGUGGUUAGUCGUUGGUGGCAACGUGCAUUGUCGUUGGAUUGGAUAAACAUCAACUUCUUUGGGGCCACUUCCUCGACCACUCGCCCAACUUGUUUUUCUCUUUUCCGUAUAACAUAAUUAAAAGUAACAAAAAUCAUAGAAAAAUAAUAAUAAUAAUAAUAGGAUGCGACUAAUCCAAAUUCGAUGAUCUGCUACGACAAAAAACAAUAAUUCGAUGAUACAAAUCAUGUCACAGUUUCACAAAUAUCUUCCCAUUUUCAAAAUAAUUGAAGUUGGAUGAUUUGUGGAUGUCAUGCUUUCGCUAUCAAAAGGAAGAAACCUUAACUUAAGUAUGGCUAGGCAUGAACAGAUAUUUAUGAACCUAGGAAUGAACAAUCGAACCGAAAAACAAAGAGAUUUGGUUUAGUUAUAUAUCAAUAGAAUCAAGAAAUGAAACCGAACAAGAAUCGAAUAAAGACUAAAAUUUCUAUGAUAUAAUUUAUACACUUACAUAUAUUAACUAUUUAGUUUUAAAAUAAUUAAAUAAUUUAAAUAUUAAUUAUAAACUGAAAUAUCCAAAACUAAUCAUCAGAAUUUUUUAUCUGAAAUAUUUAUAAUUAUUUGAAUCAUCCAAAAUUUUAAAAAUUGAUAUGUAAUUUUGACACCCAAAUUAACUAAAAACUGUAAUUGAAUAAGAUCCAAAUUUAUCUUGGAUAAUAGCCUUUAAAUAUCCGAAUGAAUAAUAAAUUUCUAGAACAGAAUCAAGAACAAGAACUCAAUGACCAUGGCUAAGUAUGACUGUGCACAUGAUUGACUGGUGAUCAAUCUACACUAAUCAAAUUGGUUUUGCCCUCUUGUUACAUACUUAAAAUAUAUAUACACACACAAAUAUUUGUAUAGAUUUUGGUCACUUUCCACAAUCUUUAUGCAUAAGCCAAUGAAUCUAACAAGAAAAAAGCCUCCAAUGGUCCCCCCCCCCCCCCCCC